CUACCCCAUACCUCACUCACACCAAGUGCCCACCCCGGCCACCCAGCCUGAGGGCAGCUUCGUUAUGGACUCUACGUCCAUCAUGAUGCCCACUUCGCAGGGCCAUGUAGUCUCCCUCCCACUCACGAACGGCCACGGCUCACCGUACGCGGCUGACACAACGGCGACGAACGGUCUGGCAUCCCACAGUGACAGCGAUAUGUCCAACACCAACGAGGACGUCGUAGCAGAGCCAGCCUCUGACGCCGACGCACCAGGCGAAGACGAUGACGAAGACGUAGAGAUGGCCCAGGACUCGGAAUCUUCUGAUGAUGUGGAUGCUGAGGGCGAGGCGGACGGCGAUUAUGAUUCUGAAUCACCGCCGCCGGAGCAGGCAGAGAGUGAUGAUGCCCGCAGCUCAGUGUCCCAAGAGUCCAGUAGACCGUCGAAACGGAAGGCCAGCCCAGAAGGGGACGACUACAUCACACAGAACCCCGAGCUUUAUGGCCUGCGUCGCAGCGGUCGCGCCAGGCCUCACCGUCGAGUGGUCGAUAGCAGCGAUGAGGAUGAUGAUUCUGGCUCUGACGUGCCUCGUAAACGACAGCGCACAGCCUCGCGCAAAGCGUCAAAGCAAGCUACACCAGUCUUCCGGUCAGCCGACUCUGACUCUGACUCUGAUGGCUACGUUGGCCCUCGUCGCAGCAUGCCCAGCAAGAAGGACCGCCAACGGCAACUGCUUGUGGCCCAAGGAUCGCUGCCCCCAUCACAAGCGGAGGUCCGCUUCUCUUCACGGCGCACCGCACAAGCUACCAACUACAAUGAAGAAGAGGACGAAGAUUCCUUCUUAGAGUCUGAAGAUGAGACUACACCCGCCUACUGGGCCAACGUGCCUGAAGAGACCGGUCCCAUCAUCGACAAGGUGCUCGACCACCGGCCACUAGAGGGCACAGAAGUUGACCCUUCAUAUGCCCAGAAGAAGGACUUCGAGUACUUGAUCAAAUGGCAAGACAAGGCACACUACCACUCCACGUGGGAAGACUACCGAACAGCAGCUUCAUAUAAAGGCUUUCGAAAGCUGGACAACUACUUCAAAGGUCCCGUCAUGGCCGACAUGUACGCUACCUACAAGAGAAAGCAAGAGCCCGAGGAGUACGAGCAACACAUGGUCGCCCGUGAGACUGAACGUCAAAGCCAGCUUGACUUCCAAGUUGUCGAGCGUGUCAUCGACUCACAAGACGGCGAAGGCGAGACAGAGUACUACGUCAAAUGGAAGGGUUUGACUUACGAAUUCUGCACAUGGGAGCCUGCUUCUCUUGUCAGUCGCCUCUCACAGACCGAGAUCGACCGUUUUCUCGAUCGCUCUUCGAAUCGUCCAUCCUCAGACUUGAGCGAGUCGAACAUGAAGACACGGCGGAAGUUCGUGAAGCUCGACGAGCAGCCGGACUACAUAAAGUUUGGCCGACUGAGACCUUUCCAGCUGCAAGGCGUGAACUUCCUUGCGCACAACUGGUGUAGAGGGACCAAUGUCAUCUUGGCUGAUGAGAUGGGUCUUGGCAAAACUGUGCAGACUGUCUCGUUCAUGAACUGGCUGCGACACGAUCGUGGCCAGGAUGGACCUUUCAUCUGCGUUGUGCCUCUCUCAACCAUGCCGGCCUGGGCGGACACCUUCAACAACUGGACACCUGACAUCAACUAUGUCAUCUACACUGGCAGGGAAGACGCUCGAAGCAUCAUCCGAGACAAGGAACUUCUCGUUGAUGGCAAUCCUAGGAAGAUCAAGUUCAACGUGUUGUUGACAACAUACGAAUACGUCCUUGCUGACUGGCAGUUUCUGUCAAGCAUCAAGUGGCAGUUCCUUGCUGUUGACGAAGCGCAUCGGUUGAAGAACCGCGAGUCUCAGCUGUAUGAAAAGCUUCGAGGCUUCAGCGCACCAAGUCGACUACUCAUCACUGGCACUCCUAUUCAGAACACGUUAGGAGAACUGUCUGCGCUGAUGGACUUCCUCAUGCCAGGCAAGAUCACUGUUGAUGAGGAGGUCGAUCUUGCGUCUGAAGAUGCCAGCCACAAGCUUGCCGAGCUCAGCGAGGCGAUCCAACCGUACAUGAUCCGCCGCACAAAAGAGAAGGUCGAAAACGAUCUGCCACCAAAGUCGGAGAAGAUUCUUCGCGUUGAGUUGUCCGACAUCCAGCUUGAGUACUACAAGAACAUCCUCACUCGUAACUACGAGGCUCUCAACGAAGGCGGUUCCGGUCAGAAGCAGUCUUUACUGAACAUCGUCAUGGAGUUGAAGAAAGCCAGCAACCAUGCAUUGCUCUUCCCCAACGCCGAGGCUAAGUUCAUAAAGGGCGAUGCCACUAAGGACGAGACUUUGAAGGCACUCAUCACCACCAGCGGAAAGAUGAUGUUGCUUGAUCAACUGUUGACCAAGCUCAAGAGAGAUGGUCACCGUGUCCUAAUCUUCAGUCAGAUGGUUCAUAUGCUGGACAUCCUAACAGAUUACCUCAAACUUCGCAACUACACAUACCAGCGUCUGGAUGGUACUGUUCCGGCAAGCGAGAGGAAGAUUGCCAUCGAUCACUUUAACGCUCCUGGCAGUGAUGAUUACUGCUUCCUUUUGUCGACUCGUGCUGGUGGCUUGGGUAUCAACUUGAUGACUGCUGACACAGUCGUUCUCUUUGACUCGGACUGGAAUCCUCAGGCCGAUUUGCAGGCCAUGGCUCGAGCUCAUCGUAUUGGUCAGCAGAAGCCCGUCAGUGUCUACCGUCUCGUCUCGAAGGACACCAUCGAGGAGGAGAUUCUGGAGCGAGCUCGCAACAAGCGUAUGCUGGAGUUCAUCACCAUUCAACGUGGUGUCACAGAUCGCCAGCAGAAGGAGCUCAACGACAAGAUGAGUCGCGUUGUCGCCGAACCAAACUCUGCCGACGACAUCAACAACAUUUUGAAACGUCGUGGUCAGAAGAUGUUUGAACAGUCAGGCAACCAGAAGAAGCUUGAAGAGCUCGAUAUCGACUCUGUUCUGGAGAACGCCGAAGAGCAUAAGACCGAGCAAGCCGCAGGUCUAACCUCUGAUGGUGGUGCAGAGUUCCUUAAGAACUUCGAGUACACUGACGUCAAGAUCGACCUGGAGUGGGACGACAUCAUUCCCAAAGAAGAGCUCGAGGUUGUUAAGGCUGAGAUACAGCAGCGGAAAGAUGACGAGCAGACCCAGAAGCUCCUCGAUGAAAGUGCUCCUCGCAAACGUAAGGCGGCUGCGGCGAGUGCACGGGAGCAACGGGCCGCAAAGAAGCGCGCUAUGGAGGCCUCCCGGGAUGUCGACGUCGACGAUGAUGAACCGUCAGAAGACGACAACGUUAAGCGUGAUCCGAAGCGUCCGCUCAACACCAAAGAAACACGAAACUUGAUCCGUGCCUACGAACGAUACGGUUCAUUGGAGGAGCGUGCCGAUGAGAUGCUCAAGGCUGCGAAGCUGAUCGGCCGGGACAUGAACGUUGUCAGCAGCACGCUCAACACCGUCAUCACUACCAGCCAAGAUCUUGUCAAACAGGAACAAGCAAGGCUCAAGAAACUGGAGGUUGACGAGAAUCGCGCCAUUACCAAAAAGGACAAGAAGGCUGUACUCUUCGACUUCAAUGGCGUAAAGAAGCUGAACGCUGAGACUAUCAUCGAUCGGCCCGUCGAAAUGCGCAUCCUCAAAGAGGCAGUCGAGGCUGUGCAAGAUUGGCACAACUUCCGCAUUGCAGACGCUAUCAAGCCUGCGAGCUACUCUUGUCCUUGGGGCGCGCGAGAGGACGGCAUGCUCAGCGUGGGAAUUUCCCGCCAUGGUUACGGUGCCUGGGUGCAAAUCCGCGACGAUCCGGAACUCGGACUGACUGACAAGUUCUUCCUGGAGGAACACCGCGUCGACAAGAAGGAAGAACGCACCAAGGGUGAGGAGAAAAAUGCAAAGUCUCCUGGUGCGGUGCACUUGGUCCGCCGGGCCAACUAUCUUCUUACCGUCCUCAAGGACAAGACUGGUGCUGACCCUAACGCAAAGCGUCUGAUGGAGAACCAUCACCGCAACAACAAGAAGCAUCACCUGAACGCUGCCCGCAGAACCGACAAGGCAUCGAGCGUUUCUGCUAGUCCAGCACCUCCCGGUCAUGGCAGAAAAGUUGUGUCGCGUGAUAUCAGUCGCCCGAUUCAGCGCACACAUAGCAACAGCGAGAGUCGACGCCCAGAGGGUCGUACUGAUCACCGACAGCACGAUAAGCCUAGGCAUAGUGACCAGUACCGACCAUCAGAUGCACAUCGCAACCGCGAUGACCGGGGUAGUGUUGACAGACGCUCAGAACACCCUGAACGCACUGAUACACCGGAGUUUAGACGAAAGAUCAGUGGCGACCUGGAACGACAGCGAUCUAGAGAUGACCGGCCCCGUCCGUCGGAGGAGCGACCUCGUGCGCCUAGCCAGAGCCAGAAUCAUAACCGCAGCGUCGACUUGACUCCUAAGACGAGCAAGGAGAAGAGUCCGGAAGAUUUCGUGGAGCGUAAGAUGAGACCGGUGCGCGACAAUCUCAACCGUCUCAAGAAGGCAACAGCGAAGAAUUACCCACAGAAGGAGAUCAUGAUCAAGGUCCUCAAGACUGAGUUGAUUGCCAUCGGCAACUUCAUCCGUGCAGAGACCCGUGACAACGCCGAGCUCGAAGAGCGCUUGUGGAACUACACGGUUAACAACCAUUGGCCACGGACUGGCGUUACCGUCCCACAGGUCAAGGGGAUGUACAGUAAGAUGCGCAGCUCCGAAAUGAACGGCAAGCAGUCUGCAACCCCGCAGCAGAGCAACGGACAGAAGACAGAAUCGUAACAUAUUUGGAGAGAUGGCACGCUUCGGCGUUCAGCAUGAAGACUAUUUGUACGGCGUUUUCGAUUGUAUGGCGGCAAACAAUCUUGAUUCUUGGGCAUAGCGUAGGUGUUCGGUUGUUGGACUACUCGAGGCAUUUUUCUCGAGCAGCGUCUGACUUUGUUUUUAUUGCAUGAGCCGCUACGAGCGUGCUCGAUAUGGUGUUUUACAUAGGUUCUGAAGAAGGCGCAUCACAAGGAACAAAACAUGGUGGGGUGUUGCAUGAGCAUUUACGAUAUUUGGCAUGGACACGUGCAUCGUCCUAUCGCUUCAUGGCAGGGGCACGACUGUCAAUAGCGCCGAUAUUCUUCGCGAGAUUGUGCAUUUACAACCCAGUGGUGGCAUAGCUGCCUAGAGACAAUUCAGAGUCACA